AUGAGUCGUCGUCAUUCAUGUUCUUUAAAGCAAAAACUAAGAAAAGGUUUAUGGUCCCCUGAAGAAGAUGAUAAGCUUUUCAAUUACAUAACCAUGUUUGGUGUUGGAUGUUGGAGUUCAGUUCCUAAACUAGCUGGGUUGCAAAGGUGUGGAAAGAGCUGUAGAUUGAGAUGGAUAAACUAUUUGAGGCCUGAUUUGAAGAGAGGAAUGUUCUCAAAACAAGAGGAAGAUCUUAUCAUCAAUCUUCAUGAAGCACUUGGAAAUAGGUGGGCUCAAAUUGCAUCACAAUUACCAGGGAGAACAGAUAAUGAGAUAAAAAACUUUUGGAAUUCAAGUUUGAAGAAGAAACUAAUGAAACAAGGGAUUGAUCCAGCUACACAUAAACCCUUGAUCAAUAAUGAAUCUCUUCUUGUAAAGGAAGAGAAGGAAAAACCAUCAAUGAUAAUGCCACUGUCUCAACCUCAACCUCAAAGAACUUUAAUGCUAGAAUCCUCACAUGAAUAUUCAGAAGCACUUCUAAUGAAUAAGCCAACAUUUGAUCUUGAUCCAUUGCAAUUACAAUUUGAACUGAACCAAUUUGGAACCAAUUCAAGCUAUUUCUUCUCUUCAGACAACAUCAGCAACAACUCAUUUUCCAACAUGAUUAAUGAAAAUACAGCAGGUGGGUUAAUCUCAUGGGAAGGUGAAAAUUAA